AUGCUGGUCCCAACGCGAGGCAGGGUCCUCGAAAAGGCGAUCACGGGGAGCGCCGCCAUAUCACUACCAAGCUUCCUCGUGCCAGCCUUCCAACAGAAGGCAGCACCGCGCCGCCAGUUCUCCGACACGUCCAGCCGACCCUCGAAGCUCGGGCGCACGCCGAUAUCGAUCCCGCCGGGCGUCGAGCUGCUCAUCGGCGAGCCGAGAGUCAAGAAGGACCCCACGACGUACCUGCGCAUACCGAAGCGGACUGUGACCGUCUCGGGGCCCCUGGGUAAGCUCAACCUGGAGAUUCCGCCGUUCCUCAACAUCGACCAUGACGAGGCUACGAGGAAGGCGCUGUUGAGCAUUGAGAAUGGCGACGAGAAGAAGCAGAUGGAGAUGUGGGGCACCACAUGGGCAUACCUACAGCGAUACAUCAUCGGCGUGUCGGAAGGACACACCGCCAUCCUGCGACUAGUCGGAGUCGGAUACAGGGCGACGGUCGAAGAGCGGCCCAAGAAGGCCCAGUACCCUGGCCAGAAGUUUGUCUGCCUCAAGCUUGGUUUCACGCACCCCGUUGAGGAACCCGUUCCAUCUGGCAUGAAGGCCAGCACGCCGCAGCCGACGAGAAUCCUGCUCGAGGGCAUCAACAGAGAGGAGGUCAUGUCGUUUGCAGCGAACAUACGCAGGUGGAGGAGGCCGGAACCCUACAAGGGAAAGGGUAUCUUCGUCAAUGACGAGACAAUCAGGCUGAAGCAGAAGAAGAUCAAAUGA